AUGGCACCAUUCGCUACUGGCACUACGACUCCACACUCAAUCGAAGAUGGUGUACGCUCCUUCGACAGCCCUCCCUCCGAUAUCACGGUCCUGGCGUCGUCGAGAGCAGUGAUUGAGAACAGGUUCACCUCAGCAACCAUUGUGAUCUCAACAACGACCGGCAAGAUCAUAACCGUAUGGCAUUCGGUCUUACCAGAAUCAUCGUUCCCUCCCGGCACCCCAUACAAAGACUACAGCCCUUGCGUCCUGCUACCUGGACUUGUGGACGCCCAUGUACAUCUCAAUGAGCCCGGCAGGACAGAGUGGGAAGGCUUCUGGACUGGCACAAGAGCGGCCGCUUUUGGUGGUGUUACUACAGUGGUGGACAUGCCGCUCAAUGCUAUACCUCCUACUACAACCGUGGCUGGAUUGAAAGAGAAGGUUGCAGCUGCACAAGGGAAGUGUUGGGUCGACGUUGGCUUCUACGGUGGUAUCAUACCUGGCAACGCUGCUGAGCUUAAGCCAUUAGUACAGGAGGGCGUAAGAGGCUUUAAGGGGUUUCUGAUUGAUAGCGGCGUGGAGGAGUUUCCUGCCGUGUCCGCAACCGACAUCAGGAAGGUGUUUGAGGAGCUGCAAGACGAGCCGACUACCGUUAUGUUCCACGCCGAGAUGAUUCCGCCUGUCACGGCUUCAGUAGGAGACGAUGUGCAAUGGUCACUUCCACCCUUAGCACCCACUGGCCCGCUGGACGAGUACCAGACAUUCCUCGACUCAAGGCCUUCUUCAUUUGAGAUCUAUGCUAUCCUGGAGAUUCUCAGUCUGGCACAUCUGGCGCCGAACCUCCCACUACACAUCGUCCACCUCUCCGCCGUCGAAGCUAUCCCAAUGCUUCGGAAAGCCAAGGAAUCCGGCGUCAAGAUCACAGCGGAGACUUGCUUCCACUACCUCAGCUUAGCCGCCGAAUCAAUCAAGGCUGGCGACACGAGACAUAAAUGCUGUCCACCCAUUCGAGGCCAAUCGAAUCAGGACGGUCUAUGGGACGAAAUGCUAGAAAACGACAGCAUCAUCAAGACCGUCGUCUCAGACCACUCGCCCUGCACGCCCAACCUCAAACUCCUCCCGUCCCACGUUCCUGGGGCAGAAGGAGGCUCAAAAGCAGGCUGCUGCUCCAACACCAGCAAAGGCGACUUCUUCUCCGCCUGGGGCGGCAUUUCCUCCGUCGGCUUGGGCCUCAGCAUCCUCUGGACCGAAGCGAUGCGUCGCGGCUUCAAGACCGAGGAAACGCUCCGCAACAUCGAGCGCUGGUGCUGCGUCAACACCGCCAAGCAGGUUGGUCUUGAGCAUAAGAAGGGCGAGCUGAAGGUUGGGAUGGACGGGGAUGUGGCGGUGUUCGAUGAUGCGGCGGAGUUUGAGGUCGAGCCGAACACGAUGUUGUUUAGGAAUAAGUGCUCGCCGUACGAGGGGAAGGUGCUGAGGGGUGUGGUGAGGGAGACGUGGUUGAGGGGGCGGAGAGUGCAUAGUAGGGAGGAUGGGUUUGUGGAGAAGGGCGGGCCGAAGGGGGAGUUAUUGUUGGAGCGGAGGAAGGCAUGA